AGCGCAUUGUUCAGAUUUAGGCUCCUUCCACUGACACUACGGACAAUUACAGAACACUUAUUACUAUCAUACACACACGCAUUUGGUGUUAAUUGCUGUUAAUCUAUACAACUAUAAAUGAUGCCCGUGUUUUGUUUGAGCCGAAGUAUUAUAGGUUUUAGGAAUUCUGGUUUGAUGGUGAUGGUGCGUUACGCUCAGACUGCUGCCGCUCCGGCUCCUGAACCCAGGAUGAAGAAGUUCCAGGUCUAUCGCUGGGAUCCAGACACCCCUGGAGACAAACCCAGAAUGCAGACGUACGAAGUAGAUCUCAACAAUUGUGGUGCAAUGGUUCUGGAUGCCCUCAUCAAGAUCAAGAAUGAAAUCGACCCCACGCUCACAUUCAGACGUUCCUGUCGUGAAGGUAUCUGUGGCUCAUGUGCCAUGAACAUAAACGGAGGCAACACACUGGCGUGCCUUAAUAAAAUUGAUACAAACACCAGCAAACCCACUAAAAUCUACCCACUGCCACACAUGUACGUCGUCAAAGAUUUGGUGCCUGACAUGAGCAACUUUUACGCACAGUACAAAUCCAUUGAGCCGUACCUGAAAAAGAAGGAUGAAAGUCAAGAAGGGAAGAAACAGUAUCUCCAGUCAAUGGAGGACAGGCAGAAACUGGACGGUUUGUACGAGUGCAUCCUCUGUGCCUGCUGCAGCACCAGCUGUCCAAGCUACUGGUGGAAUGGAGACAAAUAUCUGGGACCUGCUGUCCUCAUGCAGGCAUACCGGUGGAUGAUAGACUCCCGUGACGAAUUCACAGAGGAACGAUUGUCUAAACUUCAGGACCCCUUCUCCCUGUACCGCUGUCACACUAUUAUGAACUGCACCAAGACUUGCCCCAAGGGUCUCAACCCAGGAAAGGCCAUAGCAGAAAUCAAGAAAAUGAUGGCGACUUACAAGGAGAGGAAAGCUGCAGCGGCAUAAACAACUGUUAAAAACAUGGCUCUUGAGUAACUUCUGAACCUUUAAACUCGACAGUGAAGUAGAGAAGAGCCAACCUGAAACCCUCUGCUACAUUAGUACCUUUUAAGACUUUGAUGAGUGUCUGUUGUGUGGGUGUGUAUGUGUGUACGUAUGUGUGGUUUGUUGGUACAAAUGUUUAAGGGAAAUAAAACCAGUCAUCAAAUAUAUAUUGUGUGCUUCAACAUUAUGGACCACAGCUUUGCUAAUUGUGUGCAAGCAGAAAACAAGAGGCUUGCAUGAUGUUGUACCUAGUCUGGUACUCGUAAAUGAUGUAUUUAGUAAUUAUUCUUGGAGCUCAUAAUGUUUUUUUGCAUUGGUUUUGGCGGAAAAUAGAUUUUUUUGGAAUGUUGUUCCAACCUGAGCUGCAAUAAAAAUUAUCUUGAAGGAUA